GAUGGCGUUGCUGGGCUUGUUGGAGGUGGGCGACUCUCUACUGAAGGUCGCCACCGGCGGCCCGUUGUCCCUGCUGCUGGCCGCCUCGGCCUUGGCCCUGGGGCUGGGUUACCUCCUGCAGCUCGGCUCCCGCCACGGGCAGCCCUCCAGCACCGGCCAGAAGUAUCCACCAUAUAUUUCAUCGAAUAUCCCCCUUUUAGGGCAUGCAAUUGCAUUUUGGAAAAAUCCUAUCGAUUUUUUGGAAAAUGCCUACAAAAAGUAUGGACCUGUAUUUAGCUUUACUAUGGUGGGGAAGACAUUUACGUAUCUCCUGGGUAGUGAUGCUGCUGCUCUUCUGUUCAAUAGUAAAAAUGAAGAUCUGAAUGCAGAAGAUGUGUAUUCACGGCUAACCACACCUGUCUUUGGCAAAGGAGUAGCUUACGAUAUACCAAACCCAGUAUUUUUGGAGCAGAAGAAGAUGCUAAAAUCUGGGCUGAAUAUCAGCCAGUUAAAAAACCAUGUACCAAUAAUUGAAAAAGAAACUAUGGAAUACUUUAAAACUUGGGGAGACAGUGGAGAAAGAAACUUGUUUAAAGCAUUUUCAGAACUAUUCAUUUUGACAGCAAGUCACUGUUUACAUGGGAAGGAGAUAAGAAGCAUUCUCAAUGAGAAGGUAGCACAACUCUAUGCUGAUCUGGAUGGGGGAUUUACUCACGCUGCCUGGCUUUUGCCACGUUGGCUGCCUUUGCCCAGCUUCAGAGAUGGCCGUCAACUUACUGAUGAUGAAAUUGCAGGGAUGCUUAUAGGGCUGCUGUUAGCAGGUCAGCAUACAUCUUCAACUACUUGCACUUGGCUUGGCUUCUUCAUAGCUAGAGACAAAUCACUCCAAGAAAAGUGUUAUGCGGAACAAAAAGCAGUGCGUGGAGAAGAUUUGCCUCCAGUAAACUAUGACCAGCUCAAAGAUAUGACUUUGCUGGACAAUUGCUUGAAAGAGACAUUAAGACUUAGACCUCCUAUAAUGACUAUGAUGAGGAUGGCUAGAACUCCCCAAACUGUUGCUGGCUAUACAAUUCCAUCUGGCCAUCAAGUGUGUGUAUCUCCUACUGUCAAUCAUAGACUUAAGGAUUGUUGGAUAGAGAACCUAAGCUUCAAACCAGACCGUUACCUCCAAAAUAACUUUGCAGCUGGAAAGAAGUUUGCAUAUGUGCCAUUUGGUGCUGGUCGUCAUCGUUGCAUUGGAGAAAACUUUGCUUAUGUUCAAAUUAAGGCAAUUUGGUCAACUCUUCUGCGUUUGUAUGAAUUUGAUUUGGUGAAUGGAUAUUUUCCUACCAUAAAUUAUACAACGAUGGUCCACACCCCUAAUAACCCAGUCAUUCGAUACAAAAGGAGAUAAUAAAGUGAGACGUAAUGUCUUCCAAAUAUACUGAAGAGCAACAUUUGUGUAUGAAAAGAUUGUCAAAGAAGAUGCUAUUUGUCCUGUUUGUAUUGGUUAUGGAAUUAUUGGCAAAUGUAAUAAGAGAUGAUGGGGAGAUAGAAGGGAUAGGUAGUAGUAAUAAAAUAAAAUUGAAUAUGUUUGCAGAUGAUACCUUGGUAACCAUUAAAGAUCCUGUAGGGAAGAUGGAAAGCAUUAAACAGCAGUUGAAAGAAUUUGAAGAAGUUACUGGGUUAAGAAUAAAUU